CGGAGCCUGCGCCUCUUUGCAGAGCUCUUAAAGGGUUCGCCAGCUCGGGCAGCUGGAGAUUAACGGGGCCGCCAGCGCCGGGCGCGCUUGGAGAGGGCGAGCGCGCGUGCCACGCUGUGGGUUCCUUUGGCCAAGCUGGGAAGUUGUCCCAGACUUCCAAACCAGAUACAUGGCUGAAAACUCCGUAAAGGAUGCAAGUGCUUCCUCGCCUCUUCUUCACUCUCGUUGUCUUGUCUGCCUGCAGCAUCGCUUACUUCCUGUUGUGCCCACGCCUUUGUAGCUCCCUGUGCUGGCUCAGCUGCCAGCCCAGAGAAGGGAAGGAGGGCAGGCUGGCACAGAGUUUUAAAACUGCCCGAUUUGAGGGCUAUAUCAGCGUUCCAGAUGGCAAGCCCCUGGUUCAAGUGCCAUGCCGCCAAUGUGCCAUUGUGUCCAGUUCCGGGCAGAUGUUGGGUUCCCGUUCGGGAACGGAGAUUGACGCCAAGGAAUGCGUCCUGCGCAUGAACCAGGCCCCCACUCAGGGCUACGAGGAAGACGUGGGCAGCCGCAGCACCCUCCGCGUGGUCUCCCACACCAGCAUCCCUUUGCUGCUACGCAACCACAGUUAUUUCUUCAAGCAAUCCUGCGACACCACCUAUAUCAUUUGGGGGCCUCCCCGGCUGAUGAGCCAUGAGAAAACCGGCUUGGUUUAUCGGACCCUGGUGAAGAUCAAGGAGAUGUACCCUGCUUUGCAUCUCUACACGCUCACCGAGAAAACCAUGGCCCGCUGCGACGAGCUCUUCCAACAGGAGACAGGGAAAAACAGGAUGAAAUCUGGUUCCUUUCUCAGUACCGGCUGGUUCACCAUGGUUUUGGCGAUGGAGUUGUGUGAGCAGAUUUUUGUCUUCGGGAUGGUCAGCGAGAACCACUGCAAAGAGAAGAACCAACCGGCUGUGCCUUAUCACUAUUUUGAGAAGGGGCGACUGGACGAAUGCCGGAUGUACCAAGCCCACGAACGGGCUGCCCGCGGCGGGCACCGUUUCAUCACCGAGAAAGCAAUCUUUUCCCGCUGGGCGAAGAAAAGGAACAUUGUCUUCACUCAUCCGUCAUGGUCCGAUGGGUAGAAGGAGUUAUUUGUCGGCGGAAACUUUGCCACUUGGCGAGCCCGGAGAAAUUACGGCGCUGCAGAAAGUUGGAAAGUUUGCAGCAAGAGACAUCCCCUGCGAACAAAACACCUCUCCGUCUUCUUCUCUUAGCUCCCCGUUUUUAACAUUCUGUCGAGGGACUGCAAAUUCUUCCUGUUUUUUUUUUUCCUCUCUUUUAUUAUGAUUUCCUCCGUGCCUGGUUUUGUGUGAUGAUUUAUAUAUAUAUAUAUAUAUAUAUAUAUAUAUAUAUAUAUAUAUAUAUAUAUAUAUUUUGCACAGAAAAAAAGAAAAAGGAAGCGCUCUGACGCAAGUCGGAGGCCAGGGGUUAGAUGCUUCCUGUUUGGGGCGGGUUCCGGAGGGUAGAACGGAGAAGAAACGGAUGUUGACGUUUUAUGCUGUAAACCCGCCCUGAAAACUUAAAAAGGCACAAUUGCAACCCAUGAAGGCCUUGAGAGACAGAAUAGAACAGAAUAACAGAGUUGCAAGGGACCUUGGAGGUCUUCUAGUCCAACCCUCUGCUCAGGCAGGAA